AUGUCUUUCACGGAGACAGUUCGUCUGAAAGUAUACUGGAAUACUACUUAUACAACUGAACCUGAUGGGUCUAUCACGGUACAGCAGGAUGCGCCGGACGGUUAUCUUAUCAUUGAUCGUAUGUUAGAUUUCGCGGAACUUGUUGAUAAGGUAUGUGGUGUGAUGGAAGUUGAUAGAGAAGGACUGUAUAUCGAUUUUUCUUUGGUAUGGACGGAGAGGUCAGGAAAAAGGUCUCGUGUGCACAUUAAUAAUGAUAAUACUGUUCGGUUCAUUUAUCUUUGUGCUGAUACAUGGCCAGAAUUGUACCCUGAAAAUAUUGAGAGAAUAGGCCUUGUUUAUGCAAAUACAUCUGGCCAGGAUAUUGGUGCCAGCACUAGUGGUAGUAGAACAGUUGAAGACAAUGAAGAUGAAGAUGGAGACGAAGAUGAAGAUAAAGAUGAAGAUGAAGAUGAAGAUGAAGAUGGCGGGGGUGUCGAAAGCAGUGAUGAUGAGUACGUCCCAUCGGAUGAGGACUCAGAUGACGACACUGAUUUUGAGUCAUCGUCUUCAGUCCCAUAUGUUUUCGACGACAUCAGUGGAUGGGACAAGACUUUAGAGGAAGUAGAUUGUGAUGGGAUUAAAAUGUGGGAUGGCAAUCCGUUGACGCUAGGCCUUGAUGUACAUUUCACCAACAAGCCUGUGGCACAAGCGGCAGUGGGAGAAUGGAACUUGGUACAUGGUCGGACUUUCCGGGUGAAAACGAGCUCUAAACGAACAUGGUAUGUCGAAUGCGAGACCUGUGGACCCAAAUAUCCGAAAGAGCGUCUUCACGGCUAUGAUUGCCUGUGGAAAGCGCGAGUUUCGCUACAGAAGGCCACCGGUACUUGGAAAAUGGUGGGCCAUAAUGCCAGGGCUUGCCCAUAUGUGAGAGUUUGCGCACGAUGGGGAAGUUUAGAUCAUGAUGCUGUGGAAUGCCCAUUUUCUCAUCCACCUGCUGACAGGACCGCUAUUGAUAAACUUUACGAUCCAUAUGGAAUUCGUGGUGUGCCUAAUAUCAAUUCUGAUGAUUCUGAUGAUGGGUUCCAGACAGAGGAGUCUAGAUUGACGAGCGUUUCCAUCACUGAUAUAAAGACUCACAAAGAGAAUAAUCCUUUGACGGACCAGUCCCCUGAUGAUCCACACCUACAUCGAGCCCGUUGUUUUGUUAGAUGGCUAGUUGGCGGAUUACUGUUCUCUAACACUACGAGAAACAGUUUUCAACUCGAUCUUGUGCAUUUUCUUCAUACUCCCGAGAUUUGCUCGGAGUACAGUUGGGGUAGCGCGGCACUAUGUUACUUGUACCGCAGCAUGUCCAAGUCAUCUUUGGCCGCUUCUACAAAGGCUAUUACCGGCUGUGUGAAUCUUCUUCAGGGUUUGUCUUGUGGGACAGGGCAUAUGGCGAUCUCAGACAGGGUCAUCUACGGUGAUGUCGUUGCGCCACACAACCCCAAUAGGGUAUUUCGCCAAUUUGGUUAUCACCAGCGGAUACCCGGCGGCGCAUUGCUUCUCACUGCGGGGGAAAUUACUAGCCUGCUCAAGAGGAAGCCGUUUGGAGGUUCCGAUAGGAGAUGGAUACAACAACUAUGGAUAUAUCUCCAGGUUUGGAAUGAUCACCACGGCAGACUUGUGGGGACUGAUGAUUAUUAUGUUGGCGAGCCUACUGCAGAUCCAGAGUAUCUCUUGUGGUACCAUCAGGUUACUGUAAAGUAUGUUACGGAUCCGAUGGACUCUGAAAAUGCGAGGGGUUUUCACGGCUCUGCAGAGACCUUGCGCCUCAUGGCCACAUUGAUGGAGGACGUUCGUAGUCUGAGUAUUAUAGGCCAGCGUACUUUCGACGCGGACUCCUUUGGUUAUGGUCGCUUAGGCGAGAUUGCCCAGGAUGCUGAGCGGGCGUUGUCCGUCAAUGCAACGAAUGUUGUACGUCACGAUCUCGAUAGGCAUGUUGAGACUUCUCAGCCUCAGUUUGGAGAUGCUUUUAUUGAAUUUUCUGGGUUCCAGCAGAGUUCGCUAGAUGGCCAGUCGAUACAUUACACAAGUAACUUUCUUUCGAGUAUGUUCGAGGGUGUUGCGGGUCAGCAUCAGGCUGAUGACCUAGCUGGAGGUGAGCGUGAGAGUCAGGAUGAAGAUGAGGCUGAGGAUGAGGCUGAGGAUGCAGACCAGGAUGAUCAGUUUGAGGGUCAGGGUUACCAGCGCCAUGAGGAGUAG